AUGGCCGCCCCGGGCCCCGGCCCCCUCGCCCAGCUCUGGACGGCGGCGCUGUUCCUGCUGGGUCUGCAGCCCCUCUCCGUGAGGGCGGACGGGAAGCUCUUUGUGCUGGAGUCUCAGAACGGCUCUCGGGGGCUGGACCUGGAGGCGGCUCGGCUGUCCUGCGGGAGCAGGGGUGCUCACCUGGCGUCUGCGGAGGAGCUGCGGAGGGUGGUGCGGGAGUGCGCCUCCGCGGUGUGCGCCGCGGGCUGGCUGGCCGACGGCACCCUGGGGACCACCGUGUGCAGCAAGGGGAGUGGUGAACAGCACACCAUGAAAGCUGUGGAUGUGAGAAUUGAGGGCAGCCCGGCUCCCGGUGGCACAUACAACGCCCUUUGUAUUAAGGAUGAAGAGAAGCCGUGCGGAGACCCGCCUUCGUUCCCACACACCAUCCUGCAGGGCCGCACCGGCCUGGAGAUGGGGGACGAGCUGCUGUACGUGUGCGCCCCGGGCCACGUCACGGGCCACCGCGAGAGCGCCUUCACCUUGCUGUGCAACAGCUGCGGGGAGUGGUACGGCCUGGUGCAGGCCUGCGGGAAAGAUGAGGCUGAGGCACAUAUUGACUAUGAAGAUAAUUUCCCUGAUGACAGGUCUGUGUCAUUCCGAGAGCUCAUGGAGGACUCCCGGACAGAGGCCAAGGAGGACAGGGGUCAAGGAGAAACCCCUGAGGAGGCCCCAAAACAGGACCGUCUGGUCAUUUCUUCGGGGAGAGACAACAUAGCCCAGGACACAGCCUUUGUGCCAACGACAGGCUUGCCCAGCGCUGGGAGCAGCGUUCCCACAGACCUGCCAGGAUCGGUCCUGAAAGGGAAGUACCUGUUCUGGCUUCCUGCUGAGACCUUCCACAAGCUGGAGAAGGAGAUGGAUGAUGACACCAAGAAGCAGCUUCCUGCUGGAGAUAACCACAGUGGCAUAACGUUGGCCCCAGGUGAACCUGAAACCAAGGUGACCUAUAGCAGCACUGGUGGAGCCUCGGGGCCGUAUGUGGGCAGGAAUGAUAGCAAGGAAGAGGACCCGAUGGUGAGCAGCAGCGACGAGUCCUGGUUAGACGGCUACCCUGUGACCGAUGGGGCUUGGAGGAAGACGGAGGCCGAAGAGGAGGAAGUGGAAGAAGAUGGGGAUAAGGGGGAUGGGUCGGUAGGGCUGGAAGAAGGUGCUCUAUUUACUUCGCAUCAGCCCGUUCUUGUGGAGGUUGGUAAGCCCCGGGGUACCACCCUCACCCCGAAUGAGGACACAACCUACCGUUCAGCUCUUCCAUCUCAAACGCUAGAUGCAGACGCUUCUGCUCUCAGACCCACGAGUGUGUCUGAGACCGAGGGUCCCAGCGAGGGAGAGGGUGGCUUGGCCAGGGACCAGUCGACUGUCCCUUGGAGGUUUGCCACAGAGACGUCUCCUGCGGCCACCUUACCCUACGAACUCACCAGCUCUACCCUGGUGACAGCAACAACAACUGCUGCCCCAAAGACGCCCAACCACAUCCCCUCGACUACCCUGGCAGCCACCCAGGUUCCCAUGGAAACCACGGCUCCCGAGGUCCAGGAUAACUUCCCAUACCUGCUGUCAGAGGACUUCUUGGGCCAGGAAGGCCCUGGUCCAGGCGCAACGGAGGUGGAGCUUCUUCCCACCGUGGAGCCGUGCGUAGGAGACGAGUGUCCCAGCUUCAGCAGAGGACCCAUCAUCGCCACGAUCGUCACCGUCCUGUGCCUGCUGCUGCUCCUGGCAGGCGUGGCGGCCGUGUGGGGCUACCGCAGGUGCCAGCACAAGAGCUCCGUGUACAAGCUGAACGUCGGCCAGCGGCAGGCUCGGCACUACCACCAGCAGAUUGAGAUGGAGAAGGUCUAG